CAAACCAAGCAUCACAAUUGCAACAAAAGCAGAGGAGCGGGUGCUCAGUGUGCAGUCAAAGAAAACAUGCACUUUUACAUGUUUUCUGCUGAAAUUGAGCCAAGGCUAUUGAGCUGCAGGAUGAAAUCAUUUCUUGAUUUUUUUUUUAACUAGCAUUGCCUAGCAAGAAAUAAAAUGAGCUUCAUGGAACAGCAUGGGUGCUUUAUCUGUGUCUGAGUAGAUCUAAAUUGCAUCCUUUCCAACAGUUGCAUGAGAACUAAAAGAUUCAUUUAAAAUUGAUUCUUCCACCUUUAAAAACAUUAUUAAUAUGUUGCAUUUAAGAGGGAGGAACAUGUCACCCACUGUAGCACAUUUUUCACAAGGGUUGGCAGAACUGUUUGCCUUUGGUGUAAAAACACAGGAAAUUUUUAAAAACUGGGGACAAUCACUUCUGAUUGCUGCACUGAUCUAACACAAUUUAUUACAUGUAUUAUAUCAAACAAUACAAUACAAUACAGUGUUAUGUAAUAUGAUAAAAUUGUUUGGUUACUUUUAUUUCUUUAGACAGAGUUUUUAUAAGAACUCCUAUGCAGAUGUGUCAUAAUCUUUUUAGUCUGUGGAAUAAUCUGCAUCUUCCAUUUAAUAACACAGUUAGGCAGAUUUAUACAUAUUACUGCAUUUUUAUUAUGUUUUUGAUUUACAUUUAGUUUUUUCAUAUGUUAACCUUAGGUCUGUGUGCAUUUGCAUUUGCUGGUAAAUUAAAGCUCCUUUAACCGACAGUUUUUUAAUUGAGACAAACUAUUUGUGUAAAUGUGAGGGGGUGUUGAGGUGUGGUGUAUGAUAUUUAUGAAUGUGGCAGAGACAUUUAUCCAAAGAGACUCCCAAAUGAUGGUUGUUUGACACUGUAAGAUGUAUAAAUAAGGCAGGAGACAGAUGCCAGUGCUUUCAAAACUUGAUAGAACAUUCUUUCAUGAUUUUAAAACAGUUUGAUUCAUUCUAGUGUCAAAAAAGAACACUAGAUCAAUGUGCUAAGCCUUUAAAUUUAGGCUAAAAUGUUACUAACUCUUCAUGGCCACUCACACUUUGAAGAUUUUAACUGCGUCCUUUCUUGAGUCACAUAAGACUGACUCUGUGUUGCUGGACUCCACAGAGGAAGCUUUUUCAUACGAAGCUGGUUGACUCACCCAUGACCUCAUUCUUAAUGUAAAUAGACUCCACAUUAUCCAAACUGACAGGCGAUGCCGUUUCCAAGCUAAACAUCUGAACAAAGUGAGAACAGUAAAAACAGUCUCCUGAUGCACCAGCCGUCCGGCUCAUAGUGCUCAUUUUUAAUGAACAUUUUCUUUACCAACCAGCAUAAGAAAUGCUUUCUUCCUCAUUGUUUAAUUAAAUUUUUUCGAAGUAAUCCUGACUGGUGUGGCCUUAUAAUAAAUAUAUGUUACCCAUUUAGUUCUCAUAACCUAAUAGUAUAAAAUAUGUGCGCUGUCAAAGAAGAGAACUGAUUGUUUUCUUCAAAGUGGAGUGGCUUUUUCUGAAGUUAGUAUAUAAAAUCUUUGUCUGUCCUCGUUCUUAUGAGUGGCUGCUGUACCAGACACAUGGGUCUUGAGGGUUCCCAGCUGUUCCUAGAACUGUGCUCUGGAGAUCAAGUAAGUUGUUCCUAUAAGCUGCAGCUCCAUGUUUGGAGAUACAAUGUUUCUUCUUAAUUAUGAUGAUCACUUGAACCAUUGCAGUUUUUUUAAACCCUACAUAGUCUAUUAAAACAUCUACACUAUGUCUAUUACUUCUCAUCAGAUGAUUGGUUUACGUUCAUGUAUUGGCAGACACUUUUGUCCAAAGCGACUUACAAGUGACAAUGAAGCCAGCAGGUUGCCCUUGAGGCUGUUGGGGUUAUUAGGUAGCGAACAAUUAGUAAGCUCCUACUUACUUUUGGAUUCUUCAAUAAAUGCUGUAAAUAUGGGAAUAUUUACUGAUUUAUUAAUUAAUUAAGAUAUUCUUAGAUAUCUCCGGGGCACCACCCCGUUCAACCAGGGAAAAAUUGAAUCCAAAACUCUUAUCAGUCUUUCUUGAAGUUCGUAGAAUCCUAGGAGCAGAGACUUCGCUUCGACACAACAAAUCUACUGGAGGCAAAAAUCUGAAUUUUAUAAUUUAAUUAAACAAUUUGUUAAAUGAAUAAACAAUGGAAUAAAUGAAUAAUAACCAUGUGAUAUAAUUGAAGAUGGAUGUGUUUGAGUGUGAUGGAGGAUGUAUGAAUGGGGUCCUUUGUUCUCACAAAGGAGUGGUGUGUGCGUGCGUGUGUAUGGAUUCAAAAUGGAGUCUUGAAUACAAGAUGGCUGACCCCUUUGUCUGGCUAAAGUGUGGGUGGCAACUUGCACUUUAACUUCCAAAGCACAUAGAAUCAGAAGUAACUUAACCUUAAAAUCACUCAAAACACUUCAAAAUGGUCAUGAAACAACACAAAAGGUUAAUCCUGAAUUAAUAUCUGAUAAGUUUGUCAGCUUGGCCACUGCUAACAGACACAACCCAGAUUUUUAAACAAUGAUCAAUAAGCAGUUUAUUCUUUAUCAAAAAUGACCCGACGGACGUAUUUGGGAACGAAAAGAGAAACUCGUCUGGUAAUUUGAAGCAAUAGCGCGGUUUUAUUGCUUUUUCUAUACUAUAAAGGAAACGGGAGAAGGAAGAAGGAAAGAGAAGAUGAGUUUUCUGAUCACCAGAACAGCAAGGCGUCCCCCGCUGUUUGAUUUGACGGUUCUCCGUGGUUCGAUGGCUUUCUCCGCUGUUUUUGGCGUUCUCCGUGAGUUUGACGGAGUUGCUGAUUUCCCAGCCCGGUUCUGUGUUCUUCCCUUCAGCAGCUAGGGCAGCGAGCGGUUGAACAGACCUGAUGGGCUUGUAGUUUAGCUUUCCAGCGGUUCCGUGGGCUCCACUUGGGCACUUAGACCUCCCGCGUGCUCAAGUGAGUCGGAGCGUGCAACGAGCGUGUCCUUACCGCCAGUUAUCCUGUGCAAAAGAACAGAGUUUCUUUGUCUUUGUUAAUGAUUUAUAGCCUGAGCUCGCGGGAAAACUCCAUGGGCUCCCGCACAUGCGCAGAACGUGUUUCUGGUAUUAGGCGGUGACGUCAUCACAAUGCUUCCAUGUACCAAGCAUCAUGGGAAAUGAAGUUUCUUGGCGCUGAUGUGAUUAUUUGCUUUUCAGAGCAAUUUAGCACAGUCUUUUGGAGAAAAUUACUGCAGCAAUUUCUCACGAGGGCAUACCCUCAACAAGGCUAACAACAAACACUAAUCAAUCAAUCCUAGGUGGCAAUGAGGCAGCAUAAGGACUCAUUAAGGGAAGUGAACAUGGAGUGUGCAGUAGAGUGGGGACGGGUGCAGGGAGGGUCCUAGAAGAUGCUGUCUGAAGAGCAGGGUCUUCAGGAGUUUCUUGAAAAUUGACAAGAACGCCCCUGUUCUGGUAGUGCUUGGUAGGUCAUUCCACAUCUGUGGAACGACACAUGAAAAUAGUCUGGAUUGAAAGUAGGAAUUUGCAUUUUAGAAAACAUUAGAAAUAAUUAGGGUUGCUUGAUAUUGGCUUUUGUACGAUAUCCGAUAUACCCAUAUUGUUUAACUCUUAAUUUCCGAUACAGAUAUGAACCAAUACCAACAUAUGCAGCGUCCCCCUCUAAAAAAAUGAAUUAAUUAAAAACUUAAAACUAAAUCAGUUUGGGUUGCUAACAUAACAUUUUCCGAUCAUGCAUGCUGGAAAAGUAUGCUGGUCAAACUUGCUGGUCCAGCUUGCCAUGCAAACCAAAACCGAAACCUAUACUGGUAACCAGCUCUUCUCCAGCAGGGUUGGGUUGAUAAAGGAGUAAAAUUCAAUACUGAUAUUUUCCAAAAUUACAUUUAAUUUCCAAUAUCAGCCUAUAUAAAUGACAGACCGAUAGUAUCAGACAUCCCUAUAGCGUUGUAAAACAAAGAAACAGGUGAAUUAGCAUGUUUAUGAGAGAUAUGACAAUCUAAAACCGCUGAGUCACUUGUGUGAUUAUUCCAUCACAGAUGAAGAAUACUGAAGAUAGUUGGAACACUAAAGGUAAGGUUAUGACUGUAAACAGAUAGCCGUAAGUGUACAAACCCAACAGUCUGUGUUUUAAAAGAAAGGUUAUGCAAUCUAAUGAGGAGCAUGAGACCAUGUUAGAGAGAGCUGCAGCUCCUCAGACUCAGUUUCCACCGUCUUUACAGUGUGAUUAACAGGUUGAACCAAACACGGGUUGUAAGAAGUGAAGUGCUGUAAUUCUCUAACUAAAUCCAAGUCUUUUAUCUCAUUAUCGUCUUUCAUAUCUUCCAUUUCACUGUCAAAUGCACUCGUUAACUUCUGCCGUGGGGUCCUCUGUGAGAAACUACGUACACUGCAUAUGAGGUCAACCCUACAUUUCAAUCCAUACUAUGAUUGAGGAUAAUUGUAUAGUUCAAGCUGAAUCAUGCACGAUAUAAUUUGGAGCUUGUGAAAUAACAUGUCAAGUUGCCUGUUAUUAAUUAUUGAGCCUGGAUUUAGAAACCAACCAUUAAACAUAUAUUGAGAAAAAACUUGCUGAUUAUUCAUAGCUGUUGUCUCCCGUUUUGGCCGGGAAACUACCGUAUUUUACUUUGCUUUCCUGCCGUCCUCCCGAAUUAUUAUUUUCCCGUAAAUCUCCCGUAUUUUUAAAAUUCCUCUGCCUCUUUAAAAUUAUCUGUAGCCUCGCGAGAACUGGUUGUCGCGAGAUUUGUGCAGAAAGCGGGAACAUGUUUAUGUUUAUGUGCUUAGCAGACGCUUUUACCCAAAGCGACUUACAAUUAUUUUUUAACCUAUAGGGCAUGUUGUGAUCUGUGGGGGAAACCGGAGUACCCGGAGAAAACCCACGCAUGCAUGGGGAGAACACGCAACUCCACGCAGAAAGGCGAGAUUUGAACCUGUGACCUUCGUGCUGCGAGGCAACAGUGCUAACCACUGCGCCACCAUGCAGCCCCAUAACAGGAACAAAAAACGAGAGCGAUGAUGGAUGGAAGUGAAGAAGGCAUUCCUGCCAAAAAAUCAAAGAAAUCGUGUAAAUAUCUAGAAAAAUGGGACAGCGAAUUUACUUUUCUAAAGAAGAGCAGGAGGGGACAAAGUCACGCUUUUUGUAAGAUUUGCAGCUGCGACUUUAGUGUCUCCCACGGGGGAAGGAAUGAUGUCAGUCAGCAUGAGAAAUCAACCAAGCACAAGCGCUGGCUAGAAGCACAGAAACAUGCCCAGACGAUGUCGGCAUUUGUAACUAGGAAUACCACAGAGGCUGACUAGGUAAUAAAUGCGGAGGGUAAAAUGGCAAUGCUGUGUGCCAAAAACAAUGUUUCUUUCACCUUUUGUGACGACUUCAACAAGUGUGUAGCUGAGGUGUUCCCGGACUCUGCUAUUGCACGAAAAUAUUCUGCGGGAAAAACCAAAUCUACGCAACUCAUCAAAGGUGCCAUAGCAGCAGAGCUAGAUGAUGAGUUGGCCAGAACAUGCCGAUCGCAGCCCUUUUCAUUGAUGUGUGACGAGUCGAACAACAGAAAAACGGACAAAGAAUUCGUCAUCCUGACCAGACUGUACGAUGAGGCCACGCUGGAGGUCGCUACAAAAUUCAUGGAGAUGCCUAUAUGCAAUGUGGGAAAUGCAGAAAAUCUGUAUGAAAAGCUGAGUGAAGCAUUAAGAAAAAGAGGCAUUCCAUGGGAGAACCUGAUAGCCUUUAACUCUGAUAACGCCAGGGUCAUGAAAGGCAGACACAACUCUGUUAUCAGCAGACUGAAGACCAGCCAGCCCCGCGUCCAGGACCUCGGCUGCAUCUGCCACCUAACACAACUGGCCACUGGCUGUGCCAUCAAAGCAGCACAGGUACCAGUGGAAGACGUCCUGGUUGGGAUAUACACCCACUUUGAUAAAAGUGCAAAAAGAUGUGAAAUCUAUAAAGAAUUUGUAGAUUUUACCGAUUCAGACCACCUGAAGCUCCUCAGGUACUGCAGCACCCGAUGGCUGAGUCUGUUAACCUGUGUCCAGAGAGUGUUGAACCAGUGGGACGCACUGCAGGCCUUAUUUAACAGUCAUGAGGAGGUGGAGAGGAGUGCCAAAAUACAUGAUUUAGCCAGCCAUCUGCGUGAUCCAGUCAUGAAGAUCUACUUCAUGUUCCUCACUGCUGCCCUUAAACCUUUAUCUGAUUUUAAUAUUGCCUUCCAGUCAGAGGGAGUACAAAUUCACAGACUGGAAGAGGAAAUGUGCAGGCUGAUCAGGAGGAUCCUGGGCUACCUCAUGCCAGCCAGGGCCAUCGUAGGUAUACCUCUCAGGGAGGUGGAGUAUGGACAAGGACAUCAGUUGGCUGAUGAAGAGCUCUUUAUUGGAGCAGACACAAAGGCCUUCAUGAAAAGCGUAGAGCUUCCCAUGUCCACUGAGAAGAAAAUCUUUCAAUCUGUGAGAAGAUUCUAUGAAGCAGCGCUUCAGAAGAUGUUCUCCUCCUUUCCCCUUGACCAUCCACUCCUGAGGGACUUGAAAGUGCUGGACCCUGCUGCUCGCCUCAACAUUCCUCCAGGGGCAGUGGAAAGGCUAGGGGCCAUGUUUCCUCAGUUGAGCUUGAGUGAAGAUAGGCUGAGAGAGGAACUCAUUGACUACCAGGUGACAGAUAGCGAGCAACCCCCCAAGAAGACAACAUUGACAGAUUCUGGGGCCUGCUAGGGAAGGAUGUGAGGUUCAGUGAGCUGCCAAGAUUAAUGAAGGCUUUACUCUGCAUUCCCCACAGCAAUGCCAGUUCUGAAAGGGUGUUUAGUAUGGUGAGAAAGAUUGUAACAGAGAAUAGGACGUCAUUAGACAACAGCACUGUUUGUGCUUUACUGUCAUGUAAAAUCAACCACUCUGGCCCAGCCUAUGAAUACACUCCUUCCAAAAAAGUGUUAAAGAAUGCAAAAUCUGCAACACAUUUGUAUGAUAAGUCAUUAGUGAAUGUCAGAGAGCCACAUGAGUGAACAUGAUACAUCUAAAGAAAAUGUGUAAUGAACGUAAAAUGUAAAUGUUUAACUUAAAGACAAGCAAUGUGAAAUAAACAUGAAGUAAUGUGUUGAUUUGUAUAUAAAUUGAAAAAUGUAAAAUCAAGAAAUAUGCUUCAUUUCCCCUUCUGUGUUUUCAUUUAGGCUGUAUUAUAACAGAAUGUUCACAGCAUUUCAUUGUCAACAAAGGUAGGCCUCAGAUUCUGAUCACCGAACUGUAGUAAGUGGUUGAAAAGCGGUUAUUAUAGAUUUUUUUGUACACCUAUCUUACAACGUAAGAGAUACUAGAGCUUGGUUGUGGUGGUGGGUUGGCUCGCUGCGGGUGUUGUAAAUUUUCCCUUAUUUUCAAAUCCAAAACUUGACAGGUAUGAUCUAGUUGGCAAUAUCAUGGUAUGUUUUAUUUAUCAGAGAUGACAUUUUCCUACUAACCGAAAAAAUUGUACCCUAAAAUAAACAAAGUUAAGACCAUUAAAAGUUUAAAUUGUAGUCAAUUAAUACCUCAACAUUUCAGUAACUUCUUUUCAUUUAUUUAAAUUAAUAAAGUCUAAAUGCAUGCUUUUGUUUUUACGUGUGUGUGUGUGUGUGUGUGUGUGUGUGUUUAAAAUGCAUUUUCAUGACAGAUUUCAAGGGAACUCUCAGAAAGACUUGUUUUACUGUCUGACUUUUGGAUUCAACUCAUUCAUGGCAGCUGCCAGAGCUAAAUGGCCUCAGAAAAUAUAAAAAACUGCUUUAAAUCCAUCAUAUUUGCAGAUAUUUAGCUGCACUUUUGAGAUAUUUGAGUCACUACGACUCAUACUCAGAGUAGACUGUAUGGAUGUGACGUUCACUAACGAAACACGCAUUUUAAAUGAUUCCUUUGUGUGAAUGACGAGAAGUGAGUCUUGAACUUUACUUUAGAAGAGAAUCUGACCCUCACAGUGUCUGCUGGAAAAGCAUUCCAGCCCUGGUUUAUGGUCCUUUAACCUUUUAAAUCCGACAGAGUGAAAGUCCAGGAUUAGAACAGCAUACAGAAGAUCUGUCCUCACACGGACUGAAACAAAAAAUACCACAACAAGUAUAAAGCAGAACACCUCAUUUUUAAAAUAAAUGUUUUAAAUGUAAUAUGGAAUAAUCUGCCAAGGCUUAACAUGUUUAGGCCUCGGCUUGUUGAUUCUGAACUGGACACCUAUUUAUUUACUUCUAUUUUGUUUUGGUUUUUUUCUAUACAUGCUUUCAGACCCAUGGGACCCACAAAGGAAAUCAAGGUCAAAAAAGUAAAGCAACAAAAAAAUGUAUGCACCUCAUUCUGCAUGUAAAAGCUUUUUCAUAGCUAGUCCCUAAUUAUAAAAAGAGAGCUCCAAUAAAAGCGGUGCUUCGAGCCCAAAGGGCAGACCUUCGUAGUUUGAUAUCCUGAACUGAAUGCAUUAGUUCACACAGUGGUAUAUGUGGCUCUGAUAGAAGCAGACAAAGAUAUUACCUUGGAUUCAUUAUGAGCUACUGGAGCCUACACAGGGAAAAGGGGACAAGUGCAGCUCGCCCUAAUUGAAUAUUCAUAGAACUGACGUCGGUGUCCAUGUCCUUGGGCAGGCAACUCCGUUGCUGGUCACAUAGGCAUAUGCGUAAUAAUGCAGCUCUCAUUUAUCCCUCUUUUUAAUACAAACAGACACACAUUGACUAUAGGCAACAAAAAAAAACUUUUGAAAUUGUACAAAAUCCGUAAACACCAGUCACAUAAUUCAAAGCCACUGGAGCCAAAAGACAUUAUUAAAAGUAAAACAAUUCUACGUACAUAUACUUUUUUUUUGCUUGACACAUUGUGAUUUCAGGAUUUAUUUCUCGCAUCUCUUCACUUCCAUUUUGGCAGAUUGGAUGCAAUAGUUCCACUGAGCUAACAGCUGAUAGUAUUUGACAUUUAUUCAGGGGCAUAGCAGUGUGAAGGUUAUCGGUGGAAUUUUUUAGGCUUGUGCCAUAUCUGAUGACUUUCUCUUUAGCAACCCUUACAUUUGAGUUGAAAGGUAUGUUCCUUCUUGUAGUUAGAUAUCAGCUUCUUUCUGUUUCACUGGGCUGGCAAAUGGCUUUAAGUCCUCAGACAAUAGAAGUCGCCAAGUGACAUUAUAGUUGUGUGCUCAUUUUAAAUGCAUUGCUUUUCCAUCUUUUAAUAUUAGAUUCAUUCCUAUGAACAAGCAGAAUUAUGUUGACAUAAGUAAAACCAAUGAUUAGUGUUGUGGCACCAAUGGACCAUUGUUUAUAUUUGAAUCCAUUUCUUUAUUAUUCGUUCUCAAAUAAAUUAAACAAUUGGAAUCAUUUUUCACCAAGCUGAUGAACCUAUCCUCUUUUUAAAUUGUAAAUUUACUCUUAUAUCCAUUCAGCAGGUUCUAAAAUGCAAACUUUCAAACCAGAAAAAAAUUAAAUUGCAGAUCUUGAUUUGACUGUUUCUAUCCAUCUGUCUAAACAUUGUAAUUUAAGCUGUGCAACAUCAGGAUUAUAGCUUUCAGGAAAGAUUUUGUUUCUAAAAAACAUCCAUCACUGGUGGCAGAAUAAUUAGGCUUUGGUUAUUCUAAGAGCGCGCUGUGAUAAACACAUAUGCAGCAGUAAUAGUGUGAAUGUAAUCCAAGAAAACAGUAACAGUAAAUUAAAAUGGUUCAAGUGCGUCCUAAACUCCAUAUCAAUGAGAUCGAGAGCGUGAUUAAGUGCAGCGUCUGAACUAACCACCCUCAGUAGCCCAGAAGUGAAUAACACAAAAUAAAAUACUAUAAACCAUAUUUGUCUGCUUGUGUUUUAUUUUCUGUGGAAAGGAGUUUGCUGUAAAACUAAUGGGUUCUUUAUCACAGACCAAACGAUGAAUAAGAAAAUUAAGUAAAUAAUGUGUUUAUGAUCAGUUUGAAGUAGAAUUUUAGGAGAACAAAAACAGAAAACUUGAGUCAGUUUACGCUUUUCUGUCCUGAUACUUUCUUUUUCCUUGCAAUACUCUAGUUCUGUGCUGACCCUGCCUCUAAUUUACAUCAAGUAAUGAAUGUAACACGGUGGUAGUUACAUAUCUCCAUCCAUUUGUUCUUUUGUCCCUCCUCUCCACACCACUGACUCCUACACUCUCAGUUGCACAAGACAACUAUGAGGGUUGUUAGGCUGAUCUUAUUUCGUGGUCUUUUGCUCAGCCUUCAUGCUUGGUGAUCUUCAAUGAAAUCAGUUUGUGACUUGGUGCCACAAAGUUACUGCUACAAAAUCUUUAUUAUUAUCAUUAUUUUUCUAGUUCACUGGAAAUAUGAAAUAGCUCUGUUUAAAGUAGCUCAGUACCAGGGGCAUCUGCAAAUGUGCAUACAUGUCACAAGUUUCUUUUUAAAGAUGAUUCAUGUACAUUUGUUUAAGGUAGAAAUUCUUUAAAAAAUUCCAAAGUUUACUUCUACAAUUCCCAAAACCAUUCAUCGUCGGCUUUGGAGAUAUAUAAAACUUGAAAUGCAACACUUUGUGUUACAGUUUUAACUGGAUGAAGGAUGGAUGUAAACAUUAUUUGGUUCUUUUUGAACAGAGUAAUAGACAUUUGUUAUUUACCUUCUUGCUGACAAGUUUCGGCUACAUCUGUAGCCUUCAGAGCGUCGCUGAUGUUGCUUCGUUCUCUGUUUAUCUGAGGGCCGCAGAGCACGUCACUCUCCACCGCCCACAUCCUCCUCACCGAUAACCAUGUCCCAUGAAGGGUCGUGUAUACAGUCCUUCGUACCUGUUCAUUGUCCUGGGUCGACGUGUUCUUAUUAAAUAGCUUCCUUAAUCCAUUUUCUGUAUUUUUGUUGACCUGUGUUUAUGGUCCAUGUUGUCCCAGGACAAUUAACAGGGACAGAGGAGUGUAUACACAGGACUGUUCAUCGGACAUGGUCAUCGGUGAGGAGGGCAUGGGCAGAAUAGUGUGACAGUGACUGGAGACAGAAGUCAUCCAUCGGCACGUUUCGAUGAAGGCUAAAGAUGUAGCUGAAACUUGUCAGCAAGAAGGUACCGGUAAAUAACAAAUCUCUAUUAUUCUGUUCAGAAAAGAACCAAAUAAUGGAAUUGGAUAACCAACACAGAACAGAUGUGAACAGUUUUCCACAGUUGAAACAUCCAAAUGAGAUGGAGCAGGAAAGGAUGGUCCUGUGAUGUAAAUUCACUUUUCUUUCAAGAAUCUUUCACAUUUAUUUCUUUGUGUUUUGCUUUCUCUUUGAGUUUCAUGGAUUCAUUUCAGUUUCCCUGUUGGAAUUAAUCUCUAAAAGCUGUUGAUUAAUUAUCGAUUGCACUAAUUAGCCUGUCUCUGUCGCUAGGGGUCCCCCGUACUGUAUUUAUACUUCAGGAAAAUUCUUGGUUAAGGACGAGAAGGAUGGUUUUGCAGAGACAUCAAAGCUGUGUGAAUUUCAUUAAUAUUUUACUAAAUAAAUGCUGGCACUUGGUUUUUACACUAUGUACAUCAAUGGCACACACAGUUGUUAUAGCUUAGGGGAAGAGAAGCUGUGUGGGUUGGUUUAAUUCUAGCUACCAGCACAGCUCCCUUGAACUGAAAUAGUUUGUCAAUCAGACCUUCCCGGUUAAACAAAGUGAACAAAAAAUGAUAUUGCUUUUAACUUUUCACAGGCCAGCCCCUAUGGUGAACUCUGGAACAUUGCCACUCAUUGCCGGAGGAAAUUUUAUCAUGGUGGCAAUUAAUUGCCUGCAAUAAAACAACAUUAACCCAAACACCAAUAUUGAAACAACAAAACAUACCAAAUAUAACACUCUAACUAUAAUAAUUAUCUGUGUGAAUGCUUGCUACAGGACAAAAAUCAAUGAAUAGAUGAUAAACAGUCCCACAUGUUAUUGACUGGCUCAUCAGACCUUUAAACUGCUACUUCUAACUUUAUGUGGCAGCUAGCUGUGCUAAUGCUAGUUUGUACAAGUGGCAUCUACUUUUCUUUUUCAGCCCAGUGUUGCCUCCCACAGAAAGUAACUGAAGUUCACCCUGAAAGUCACCCAGAUGUUGCCAGACGAUGUCACACACUCAUUUGCAUGUGACAUCAUCACGCCACAUUGGAGUUCAUUUACCCCUCAACAUCUAAAAUCAAAAAAGAAAAAAUAUAUAUUUAUGGAUAUUUCUUUUAAUCCUGAGAAAGACCAACAUAUUAUAUAUAAAGAAAGAAUUAAAGAAAACCAUCUUCUAUAUAGCUCCUCUCAAGAUAAAAAUCACAGGGCGAUUCACAAACUCUAAACAUUUCAAAUACAAAAAAGAUUUUAGAAAUUUAAAAAAUAUGUUUAAAAUUAGAAAGAAAAUGUAAGGAUAAUGUGUGUGUAUGUGUAUGUACAUAUAUAUUUCUUUACAUAUAUACACACACACAUAUGUGACGACUUGUCACUGUUUUACUACUGAUGCAGUUCUGACUUGAUUAAAAAGCCUGUCAGCCCUCAGGAGGCCCUCUGGGAGCCCCUGGGGGGUCGUGGAGGCCUUAAGCACUUGCCUGUCCUGCCUAUCGGCCCGUGGCACCUCUGUGUUCCUAUAGUUUUCACAUUUUUUAAAUCAUGAGCACGCAAACCUUUAUCUUUUUUCUCAUUAUUACUACAAGAAACGUACAAACUUACCAAAAUCACACAGAACUGAGCUCAUUAAGGUCAUGCCGAAACUGAAAUUAAAAAAAUUAAUGUCACCGGUGACCUCUUGCAUUACACUAUCUAUAAGUGCUCAAAAAGAAAAGAACAAAUGGAGAAAUUAAAAUGACAAAAAGAAUAUGUCUCAAAUGACACAACAAUGUAAAUUUCAUGAAUCUUUUACACAUUACCCAACGGGUACCAGUGAAGUGCACUAGUUAAAAAUCUAAAUGUAGGAUUGAACUCUACUUAACACUGCAGAGUACUACCAUGUUAUUAGCAUUACACUAUUAACAGGGGAGGUAAAAAUCCACCCAAUGGAAAGCCAUGCUCAUUAACCCAUGAUAAUACAAUAAAACCACCACUCCCUACAUGAGCAAGACAAUUAAUUCAGUCGUUAAGUCUAAGUCAUUAGUAGUGGUUAGACCAAAACGACUACAGAGAGCAGCACAAAACGCUGGGCAGAAAUGUAUUUCAGAGUUGCAGAAUGUGGGUCCGCAUUAAUGAGAAUUAAAGCAAAAACAUAAAAUAUGAAAUUAAGUUAUUUAUAUAGAAAAUUUUCUGUUCUCAGUUUGAACAUUUUUGAAGUGGUAGAAUAUGUUCUUUAACAGCAAAUCAUUUUAAAAACAUUAAAAACAAGAUUAAUAAUGGUCUUAAUCACCCUAAACCAUUAAAAGUCGGAUCCUUUUGUUGCAUUAUGGAAGAGGUCGGUUUUUAGAUUAGAGAUUUUAUUAGAUAAUUUUGUGCAUUAGUUCAAACAACUUUACGUUUAAAACUACCUCACACACAAAACAUCUGUUAAUUCAAACCCAUACAUAUUUAUUACAGACUGACAUUUUUUUUGCCUUUUACUGUUCAGUCUCGUAAACAUCUGAUGAAAUGUAUUAAAACAAUUUUCGUUAAAAAGAUUAAAGCACUUUCAAUGACAGGAGAGCAUGUUUUCAGGUCACUGUGUCUCUUCUCAUCAGCUUUGUUUUGAUUGUAAGUUCCUAUCUGCUGUUUAAUAAGUUACCAUCUCACCUUGGUAAAAGCUCCUGCUGGAUCUUGAUUCAGAAUAGAAUUGUGGACCAAAUCAUGUCAAAAGUUACAGAGCAAGCUUUUGAUUCAUGUAUUCAUUUACUUCACCCAUUUGUCAGGAAUGAAGCAGGUCUAAAAGUGAAGCCCAGACACCCUUCUCUCUUAGAGGCAUUCUUACCCUCAUCUUAGCGGAAACUGGGGUAUUUCCAGA